CCCAGAGCAGGGCCAUGGGCUGCCCGCGGGGCGCGGGGGCGGCGGGAGCUGCUUCCUGCCCGGGCGGAGGGACGGCGCCCAUGGCUGGCACCGGGCAGCUGCAGCGCUGGCUCACUCUGGAGCAGCGAGGUCUGCGCUGCUUCCUGCUCUGAGCACUUGCUCGCACUGAGGCUGGGCUUUCCUUCUCUCCUGUUUUUGUCCCUCUGUAAGAUGAGGCCACUGACCCGAGUGUUUCUGAGGAAAACUGGGAAUGCAUCCAGCGGUUCUGCGACCAGGUGAACGCUGACAUGGAGGGCCCGUUGUUUGCGCUGAGGCUGCUGGCACACAAAAUCCAGUCCCCUCAGGAGGGAGAAGCUCUCCAUGCUCUCACAGUGCUGGAGACUUGUGUGAACAACUGUGGUGACAGAUUUCACAGUGAAAUGGCAAAGUUCAGGUUUCUGAAUGAGCUGAUUAAAGUGCUUUCCCCCAAGUACUAUGGAAUUUGGUCUUCAGAAAAAGUCAAGUUGAGGGUCACCGAAGUGAUAUUCAGUUGGACAGUCUGGUUUCCUCAGGAAGUCAAAAUCCAGGAUGCUUAUCAGAUGCUGAAGAAACAAGGGAUUGUAAAAGAAGAUCCCAAACUGCCAGAAGAUAAAAUUUUACCUCCCCCUUCUCCAAGACCUCAGAAUUCUAUUUUUGACACAGAUGAAGAGAAGUCCAAGCUCCUGGCCAAGCUCCUGAAGAGCAGCCACCCCGAGGACCUGCAGGCAGCCAACCGCCUGAUCCAAAGCGUGGUUAAAGAGGAACAGGAGAGGUCAGCUCAGGUGUCCCGAAGAGCGAGCACCAUCAGUGAGGUUUCUGAGAAUGUCAGGCGUAUGGACGAGUUACUGCAGAACUGCAGGAGACAUGAGUUAUCCCCAGCUGACCAGGAGACCCUACAGGCUCUGUUCCAGCGCUGUGAGAAGCUCAGGCCGCUGCUCUUCCGCCUGGCCAGCGAGGCCGUGGCUGACGAGGAGGCUCUGGCUGAGGUCCUGCAGGCCAGUGACAAGCUCUCCCGGGCACUGGGGCAGUACAGGCAGGCUGUGGCCAGCCAGGAGAGCGAGGAUGGAGCAGGCUCAGCUGCCAGCUCUGCACCAGCAGGCCGAGCAGCCCCAGGGCGCAUCAAGAGCUACACCCUGAUGGACUUCUCCGAGCUGGAGGCCCAGAGCCCCCCAGAGCCCUGUGCAGACACCCCCUGGGCCUCCCGCCACAGCAGCACAGCCUCCACCUGCCUGCUCGAGGAGGAGCUGCAGUCCCUAGGCCUCAGCAACUCCCCUGUCAUACAGAAACCACCACCUGAUUUUGGCCUAGCAGAGCCUGCUGUACACAAUGGAUUUAGGGAAGGUGUAAGUGCUGUUCAGACCCUGGGAGAACAGGAGAGCUGGGAAGAUAGCUGUGCAGGGAAGAGUGAAUUCCAGAGCCUGGAUGAGCAUCUCUCUCCACUAUCCAGGACCAAGACAUUCUCUUUGGAUUUAUCACCAAUGAAAUUGCCCUUUCCGGAUCUUCCAGAUAACUCAGUGGCAGAUCCUCCACUCCUCAGUCCAGGCUGUGAGCUGAAGCCUGCUGCCUCUUUGCAUCCAGCUUCCUUUGAUGCUUCUCUAGAAAACCUUUUUGUGCCUCUAAUUUCAGUUACACCAAGCGCUCUCUGUCCCCUCACUGUGUAUGACAGGGAUGGUUUCAAGGCCAUGCUCCACCUCUGCAGAGAGCCGGCUCCCGGCCGGCCAGACGUGCUGGUGAUGGUUCUGUCCAUGCUGAGCACCUCAGCACACCCCGUUAAGGACAUCGUGUUCCAGGCUGCAGUCCCGAAGACCAUGCAAAUAAAGUUACAGCCAGCCUCUGGUUCUGAGCUGCCAGCCUUCAACCCUCUCCUCCCGCCCACAGUGGUGUCCCAGGUGCUGCUGCUCGCCAACCCACACAAGGAUCCCAUCCGACUGAGGUACAGACUGACGUUCACGCAGGGCGUGCAGCCCUUCAGUGAGGUGGGAGAGGUGACCGGCUUUCCAGAGGCAGAGCUCUGGGGCAGGAGCUGAAGCCCAGCGGGCUCGGACACUGCCACGCUGCCUCAGCCACAGCUGGACCGGGGACCAGCAGUGUGUCCAGCACUCUGUACGGGCACCUUUUCUGGGGAUGUGCCACCUCUUGCUCCUUCCUGCGCCCGGCAGGAGGAUGUGGACUGGCCGCUUCUGCCACAGCCUUCCCCUGUAGCCGAGCCUGCUUCACAGGGGCCUGCUGGAGAGCCCCGCAGCUUCUGCCAUGCACACCCUUCCUGCUGCUCGCUGGGCCACUGCCCCUUUGCUUUUUGCAUUAAAACAAAAAGUGAAUCAACACCAGCGUCCAGCCCCCGUGCCAGCCUGUCCAGGGACCCGCCCGGGCCCGUUUCCCGCAGUCUGUGCCAGGCGCAGCGGGGCGGGGGGCGCCGGGACCGGGAGCGGUGGGAGGGAGCGGAGCCGUGCCCGGGCCGGGCACCGCCGGGGGCCGCGGGGAGCGACCGGCCCAGCCCCGAGGGCCGCGGGGACAGUGCCCAGGGCGGAGACCGCCCCGGGACAGCCCCGGGACCGCCCCGGUGCCGCCCCGGCACCGCCCGGGACCGCUCCGGCACCGCCCCGGG